AUGAAAAUAACCAAAUUGACCGACGAAUUAACGAAAUUGCAAUGUAUUUGUCAAGUUAACGAUGCUCAAAUCGUCGAACUGCAUAAUAAAAUUGUUGAUCUAAAGGGCAAAAUAAGAAUUUGUGUGAGGGUGCGACCACUGUUAAGUGAAGAAAUCAGUGCAGGAGAAACGUCAGAGCAUAUUAACAUUGCUAAUGAUAAGACUAUUAAGAUAAAUCAUCACGGACAGGUUUCAAGUUUUGAAUUUCAACGAAUCUGGUCUCAGAAUGAUACGCAACAGACGAUUUUUAAUGAUGUGAAAGAGUUGAUUGAAAGUUCUCUUCAUGGAUUCAAUGUUGCUAUAAUGGCGUAUGGGCAAACGGGUUCAGGUAAAACAUAUGUUAUGGAAGGUGAUGUUGGUGGCUGCGAAGGUAUCUUACCCCGGGCGCUGAAAUUUAUUUUUGAUCGUAGAAGUCAACUUAUUCUUCGUAAUUGGGAGGUAGAAAUAGAAUGUGCGCGCUAUGAAUUCUACAAUAAUAAGUGCUACGAUUUAUUGGCACAUGGAGGUCCAAGAAUGGCUGAAGUUCACUUUGCAAAUGGCCGAUCUGAAAUUCAUCAGCUUUCGCGUCAUACAAUUUUAAACAUAGAGCAGGGACUAGAACUUUUAUCGAAAUCCCGACUUCUAAGAACAACAGCAACCACGUUGUGUAGCCCACAAUCAUCCAGAAGUCAUUCAAUUUUCGAAUUUACAAUUAAAGUUAAAAAUUCUUCAUCUGACUAUGAAUCGUUUUUGUCGUUGGUGGACUUAGCAGGUUCCGAAAGAAUAAAUGAGUCUGGAGCUUCUGGUGCACAAAUUACUGAAGCCAUUUCGAUUAAUCGUUCUCUAAGUGAUCUCAGGAAUGUCAUACGAGCAAAGAUGGAAAAUUUUUCCCAUGUGCCGUAUCGAAACAAUAAAUUAACGAUAGCACUAGCUAAAACACUAGGAUGUUCAAGUUCGAAGACUUUACUUAUAAUUGCAUUACGACCAACUCUUUCUGCAGCUUUAGAAACUAGGCGAUCACUAGAAUUCGCAAAUGUGGCAAAUUCAACAAAAAUAGGAGCAGCUGUGAAACAACAAACAACAAAAUAA